UUAGAAAACAGCCACACACACACACCGUAGCUCCAUAUGACACGGUGCUGCCAGGCGGAUUUCCAUACAGCACCUCUUUUUUUGUCUUUAACUUUCUUCCAUGAAAUCCCACGCUGCAGAGAUUUCCCUUUUUCUCAUCUACGGGCUUACUUAAUAACCUGCGGGAACUUCGCUCCAUUGGGAGAUUGAAUGCGCGCAGGAGCUCGUUCAAGUGCGCAAAAACGUGUCUGGUGCCAUUCGAGCGACUGAUGCCCCCCUCUCUGUCUUACUCGCCGUGAAUCAUGUCACGCCGGAAGCAGAAGAGACCCCAGCAACUCGUCAAUGCAGAUCCGGGGGGCCCGAAGCUGCUGCAAGAUGACCAUCUGAGCUUAAAGUCACCAUCCACAUCUCUGGGAUCAGAGCUAACCUCAUCAGGUUCCUCCUCUUCAUCUCCCACCUCGCUGCGCGACUGCCAGCCGCCCCUGGCCACUCGCCCAUCCCCUGGAGGGCUCCACGCGCCUUCCUUGCCCAGCGAGAGCUCACCUCCUCCCCACUGGCCCAGCCACAUUGCUCCCUUUACCACAUCCCUCCCCAACACCCACUCCUCCCUCUCGCCAGACUUCCCUCAUCCCUCGUUGUCUUCCCAGACUCACUCACCUCCUCCUCUGGAUCAAUCCUCUGGUACCCACAGCCUGAACCACAAAGUUAACACACACUCCACCAUGACCUCUCCCCCAAUGGGAAGCUCUGCCACCACCUCUACCUCUUCCUCCUCUUCGUCUUCCUCCUCCUCUCAGCAACCUCAACCAGACAGCUCCAGUCCUGGUCAGCAGCAGUCUUCCACCUCAACAGGGGAGCAGGGGCAGAUCCAGGUGCCUUCAACCCUGGCGGUGCUUUUAGAAGAACUGCGGGUCCUGCAGCAGCGGCAGAUUCACCAGAUGCAGAUAACAGAAGAGAUCUGUCGGCAUGUCCUCAGGCUUGGAGGAGCUGUUUUCGGCCAAGAUAACAAUCCACCAGGUAGUGGUGCAGAUAGCAACCAGAAGUCCACUGGAACAGCAUCUUCAUCGCCUACACAUCCUUCAACCAAUACUCCAGUAACUACAGCUUCAUCCCUUUUGACUGGACUCCCGUCUUCCUUCUUCCCUCAGCCAGCCAUCUCGAAAUCAGGGACUUCACUUAUCAAUGGAGACAGACCUCAAUCCUCCUCAACUUCCAGCUCAUUAUCAUCACCCUCUUCCUUAGCUAUUUCUUCCAGCAUCAAUUCAUCUGUUGCCUCCCUGCACCCUCUAUCCUUAUCCUUGGGUCUGUCGCCACGCUACCUCCAUGAGAAAUCAUCCAACACCUCUUCAUUUGGACACAGCAAUGGCAUCGGUUUCCAAAAUUCUCCCCUUCCUACGACCAGCCACUCGCAGGAGCUUCAAUCAAGUUCGCCUCUCACCUCUUCCUCCUCAUCAGGACGACCUCAACAUGUCUGCAGGUUCUGUGGAAAAGUCCUGAGCAGUGACUCCUCCCUUCAGAUUCAUCUGAGGUCACAUACAGGUGAAAGGCCCUACCAGUGUCCAGUGUGCCUGAGCCGUUUUACAACCAGAGGGAACCUCAAAGCCCAUUUCCUGAGACACAGAGAGCAGAACCCAGAGCUCUCCCUCUCUCUGCUGCCCCCUGCACUUUCGGAGCAAACACAGAGUGGAUCAGUUCCAGGUGCAGUUCAAAGGAGACGAAAACGUCGAGCUGAUGAUGACGAAACAUAUAAUGGAGUGAAAGGCAGUGUUCCCGGUAUAACAGAGAGCAUGGCCUUAGGAUUACUGUCUGGUGGGUCCACUCGGCCCUCACCUUCCUCUCUACCUCUGCCCCCUUCAGUGGACAUGGCUCUUCUGUCGACAGCCCACUCACUGUUACAGCUAAACAGAGCAUCAGCAGGUGCUGCCAGCACAUCCAGCACUGCUCUGCCUUCGUCAUCUCCAUCUUCCUCUUCUGCUUCUAGUCAGUACAAAGGAACUAAACAGCAGCGAUUUGAUGAAAACACUCCUCCUCACUCUGCUCUCCACACAGCUUCCCCAUACUCCCAACUGGCCCAUCUCCCCAAGAUACUUUUCCCCGGAGGUGCCUCCACCCACCACCUUGCACUUCUCAGGCCUCCAGGCCACCCAUCCACUUCCCACCUCUCUUUACCUCAUCAGCUACCCUUUCCAUUCCCUCCUUUUCCCAAACCAUCCGCCUCCUCCCCCUCCUCCUCCUCUCCCACCACCUCCACCCAGACCUCAGACACUUCCAAGUUGCAGCGGCUGGUGCAGAAACUGGAAAAGCAGCCACAAGGCGGUGCCUCUUCCUGCUCUUCUGCCUCCUCUCCUUCCACCUCCUCGCAAACCUCAGCUGAGAUUAAUGGGAAUACAAAUGUCCGUGACCUGACCACCACCUCAAGUGCCUAUCGCAGAGAGAUGUUGGCUGCUCUUGGACUAAGCCCUAGUGUCAGUGCUGCAAUGACUAGUCAGGGAGUCUCAGGUUCAAGCCUUACAACUACUACUUCUUCCCUGCCCACAACCCAAGUUGCUAAUCAGUGUGGAGUGUGUAUGCGUGUUCUUAGCUGCCCCAGAGCUCUUCGCUUGCACCAGGCCACACAUCUGGGAGAGCGUCCCUUUCCUUGUAAGCUUUGUGGGCGUUCUUUCUCCACAAAGGGCAGCCUUAGGGCACACCUGGCCACUCAUCGUGCAAGGCCACCAAAUGCCCGUGCCCUGAAUUCUUGCCCACUCUGCCCUCGCAAGUUCACUAAUGCCUUAGUUCUGCAGCACCACAUUCGCUUGCACCUUGGAGGGCAAAUACCACCUGAUGAGGAGAUGCCACCUGAAGAUGGGGCAGAAACAGAACGUGCUACCUUUAAAGACAGUCACAGUGAGGCUAUUAGUUCCCCAUCAAAAGUCCAAAUCCUUCCACUUGCCUUAACAACAGGGUCCAAGUCGCCAGUGGAGGCUUUCAGCUCAGGAUCCAUUUAUAAGCAGUCCAAAGCUUCUGAUACACAUUCUGUGAAGACUGAGGAAUCAGAGCGUUCAACUCCAAGUAUUAGUCCAUCUUUAAGCUGUAAUCCCCUCUCAAUGGGAACUGAUAAAGAUCUGCAGCUUGCAGACAUCGCCCCAGCUGAAUGUCCUACAGAGGAGAAACACCAUACUGAUCUGGGCAUUGCCAGUGUUUUUAAAGCCCCCUUACCUAGCUCUCAUUCAAUUGUGGACAAAGUAGACUGUCUCUCUGAUGAUACUCCUCUCUCCCUCUGUGUUACAAAGCCUGGUGUUGAAAAUGUUACACCCAGACCAGCUAACAGUGAUGUAAAAUUUUCCACAGAUGAGCUUGCAGCCAGUCCCAGUCGUACCACAGACCCCCCAGCUGCAAAUCCUGUGCCUUCACUUACGCCCCCUGCCAGCCCUGGAGCCACCCUAGGAGCUGAGGAGGCCAGUUGCAUUGUUUCACAGGAGCUGCAAGGAAGAAACACUUCCAAUAGUAAAGGAAAGAAUGAUACCACCACAUCCAGAGAGUCUCUUUCUAUGUCUGAACCAGAGCUGGGUAAGGAAGCAACUGUGAGGGAGGAUUGUGCUACCCUAAAAAAAACAUCUGAUAACCCAGAGACCUCUGCAGCAGCAACAGCACCACAAGGCCAGCCUCCUCGACCUGACAAGCCCUACAGCUGCUCCCACUGUGGAAAGGCUUAUGCCAGUCGAAGUGGACUUAAGGGUCAUAUGAAAAUGCACCCUGGAGCGUUGACGAAUGCCCCGGGCAGGACUCAGACCAAUGAAAAUGAACCUUCAGAGGAUCGCAGUACAGCUAAUAAAAUUUUUGGACAGCAGGAGGAAAAGCAAGGACUGGUCCCUGAGAAAGGUGACAGCAAUGAUCUGCUCCCAACCAGUGGCGACUCUGAUGUGACCGCUGAACCUUUGGACACAAAAUAGAAAGUUUUUCGAUAGAUCCUGACAAAGGGAAUGUAUUCUUAAUAGAAUAAGAUUUGCUUUGUAGAGUUUGUAAUUCUAACUCAUAUUUAGUAUUUGUAUAAGACAAAUAGGUAUAGUUUAUUUUUUAGUACUAUGACAGGAAAAUUGUGAAUGUAGUUUUUCUGCUGUCUAUUUUUGUACUUCAGAGACCACAGUGAGGCCUUAUCCUACACCUUUCAACGCAUUGUCCUCUCGUGCUUGGCUGGCACAAGUCAGCAUGUACUGUAUAUUAUCUUACGAGUAGUAAACUUUGAUUUGUUUGUUGUUUAUAACGGAAGUGUCCAGAAGUUUCAUACCAAAACAGGCCAUGUUAAUAAUGGCCACUGAACUGUACAUACAAGCUGCGAUUGUCUUUUUUGAUCGCUACCGUUUUCUUUCCUUUGUUUUAAUGCUGCUUAAUGCGUGUUUCCUGAUGUGCCGAGAUGCACUGUGAGAUGCACUGUGUCCCACGCUGCCGAAACAUCUGCUGAACAAACUCGCCCUUGCAAUGAUUGUAACUACGAUGAUUGUAUUAUCAGUUCCAUGUGGUUACAGUAAAACCUGUUUGAUGAUGGUGAAUGUCUUCCCCGUUUUUUGUGGUGCUAUCUGCAUUCUGAAACCCCCAACAAGGAUGAGCCCCGUCCUCUUACUGCUCCCUCCACUGGUUCCUCUUCUUUCUCAGCGCACUUGAGGGUGCUUCACUCCCACGUAAAUUGUAUGCGCUCACUGGAUUCUCCGCUUUGCUCAGUCUAGUAUUUGUAUGCUUUGCCUUCUUUCUGCAACCCCUCCUCUCUCUUUCUUGUAGCAAUGACAGAAUGUGUUCCCACGCUUCCCAUGUGAUGUUAAAAAAAAGUAAAUAAAACAAUGACAAUGCGAA